CUCCCUCUUUCUCUCUCUCUUUAUGAGUGGAACAGAGGGAGUGCGACCAAGGCCGCAAGGAGCAACUAACCAGCCAGCAAGACCUCGAACAAGAGAGGAGUGUGAGUGAGCGGCCUUUGAUGGCGAAGAGCAACAGAUCACAGUGCACCAUUUCCAGAUUGACAACUAGACCUUCAACAAUUCCGACACCGAUAUGGCUCAAGAUCUCAUGCUCUCCGAUUCCGGCGACGAUGAAUUUGACGAUACCAGUAUCUUCGAAAACAAGGCCGGUCUGAGUGACGACAUGAGGUUUCUGGCCUCCAUGCCCGAACUGUGCGAUGUGACCUUCUUGGUGGGCGAGACCCGUGAACCCGUGUGCGCGGUCAAGGCGGUCCUGGGGGCCCGUAGUCGGGUGUUCCAAAAGAUGCUGUAUGUACCUCCUCGGGAGCCGUUGAAGGAGACCAAGGAUCCAGCCAUGAAGGCUGCCUCCAAGUUGAAGGCCUUCAUCAAGCGGAGUUCGGAGCCCUUGCUGAACAUGCAGCCCCAACAACCAACGCACACCGAGCAACACCACCAGACCCUCAUCAUUGAGGAGUUCGAGCCAGACGUGUUUCGACAGCUGAUUGAGUACAUCCAUACGGGAUGCGUCACACUUCAACCAAGGACACUACUGGGAGUGAUGAAUGCCGCGGAUUAUUAUGGAUUGGACGAGUUGAAGCGUGCUUGCUCGGGAUUCAUCCAGUGUUGCGUCAAUGUGGACACGGUUUGCGCCCUCUUGGCCACAGCUGAGCGGUAUAUUCAGUAUAAAUGCACCAAGAGCUUGGUUCAAAAGGUUUUGGAGUUCGUGGAUGAGCACGGAAACGACGUGCUCAAUUUGGGCUCCUUUGCUCUGCUGCCUCAACACGUGGUCAGAUUGAUAUUAGCACGAGAGGAGCUGAAAGCGGAUGAAUUCUCCAAGUUUCAGGCUGCAUUAAUGUGGAGCAAGAAGUACUGCGAUUCGACCAAUACCAGUUUGAACGAGGUCCUGGGAAGUUUCUUAGAGUACAUCAAUUUUCACAUGAUUCCUGCCAAUGUCCUAAUGAAAGAGAUCCAUCCCCUGGGCUUAGUUCCUUAUCAUAUCAUUAUGAACGCAUUAGCCUAUCAGGCUGAUCCAUCCUCCGUGGAACCUAUAAAAAUGUCUCCCCAUAAAUCUGGCGGAGUCUCCAGAGGAACGGUCCGUAAGCGCGCCAGUGGAAGUAGUGGGGGUGGAAGUGCCUCAGGUGCCGUUGGAGGCCGAUCCAUGUCCGUCCAAUCGGCUCGAGAGCCUUUCGGGUCGAACACAACUCUGUCGUCAUCCACUUCGUCUGCGAAUAUACCCCAAGAUAACCUAUCUGUGGAAGUGGCCUCGACCCAUUCACUCCAUUCACCUUCUCGAUGUUCAUCGGUAAUUUGAGGAGUCAGGUUUGGAUUCCUGAAAGGAUGCUCCUCUUGAUCAAAAAGGUGGUCUGCCUCGCUAUAUUUGAGGUCAUGGAUGAUGCGAGCGGAAAUUGUCUCACUUUUAUUUGAUAUUGAGUCCAUUUUGUAAAAUAUCCCCAAAUAAGUGUGCUAACUCCAUUCCAAAGAGAUAUGCUAGAUGUCAUUCGUAUCAACUCUUCCUAAAUAAACUUUCAUACAUGUGUU